AUGGUUUCAAGUGAUUGGGCUCCAGAUUUCGUUGUCGGGGUUGAUUUUGGCAUGACCUGUACAGGUAUUGCCUAUUCAUAUGCGCCAGAAUGGGCCCCUCCAAAACCACUGCAGCACUGGCCGAGUAUGAUAACAACCGAGCUCGCCAACAAAGUACCUAGUCAGUUACGCUACCGCUCCGAUUCGGUCUCUGUCAAAUCCUGGGGGUUUCAAUGCGAAUCCGACGAUGGAGAUGGUGACCAAGGCGAUAUUAAAGAGUAUUUCAAGUUGAAUCUCGACCCAGCCUUCAAGGAUCAUCGCCUAGAUGGUCCAACCCGCAAUGAGGCAAUGCAAUGGUUUCGGGACUAUAUACGCUGUGUCUAUGACUAUACUGUCUCCUAUUUUGCCAGAUCAUUCCCCCGUUUUGGCUCGCGAAAGGUCGAGUUUGUUUUCAGUAUCCCGACUACGUGGAAAGACCCGAGAAUGGUAGCUGAGCUGCGCGAGUUGAUUCAGUUCGAUUCACCAAACCAUAGGGCUACCAUUGGACUAACAGAGGCAGAGGCAGCAGCUGUGUAUGCGAGUGGACAAUAUUACCAGCCCAACGAUGUCGUUCUUGUCUGCGAUGCAGGGGGAGGUACAAUGGAUGUAAAUAUUCUCAAACUUGUUUCUACCCAGCACGAACCGACCAAGUUUACUCCCCUAGGUGUAGUUGAAGGAAAACCAAUUGGUUCUGUCCAAAUCGACAUGGGAGCUCACCAGCUCCUCUGCAAUAAGCUGGAACACAUUCGGAAUGUAUUACCCAAACAGCCGCGGGAUAUCGCGUUCGAUAUGAUAUCUGGUCGAUUUGAGCGCUUCAAAUGCUCCUUUGGAGAGAAAGCGAUGGAGAGCCCGGAUUUAGUGCUUGAUGUGCCUGGCUUAUCCCAUGGAUUCGAUUGUCCAGCCGCCAGUGUCUCUGAUGGCCAAAUGCAUAUGACCCGAGACGAAAUCAAAAAGCUAUUCGACAUGAAGGUUGAGGAAAUGUAUGAGCUAUUAGACGAUCAGAUUGAUCGACUAAAAAACGAGCAUCCAACAGAACAGAUAUCCUUCCUAGUAUUAUCUGGCGGCUUUGGAAGCUCUCCAUACGUUAGGAGGUGUCUAAAGAACCGAUACUCAGACCCAGCAACAAUUCCGAACAUUGUUGAAAUCCUAACUGUUGAUGAACCGCAACUUGCCGUAGUGCAAGGGCAGGUCAUCAACCGAAUCCAAGAGAUAAAACACGGAGCCACCGCUCUCCAAUCCCUCUACACGCGAAACAGCUACGGCGUGAUCUGCGAUCAGCUGUAUGAUCCCGAGAAACAUGUAGGACAGCCUGUGCGGUAUGACGAACGCAACAAAAAGCGAUAUGCGGUGCAACAGAUCGAGUGGCUUAUUUUCCAGGGCGAUUCUGUUUCCCGUUCUGGGGUGUCUAAAGCGUUCCAACGCAAGAUCAACCCAAAAGAAGUUUCUCAGCCUUGGGUCGCGCAGAUUGUCAUGUCAACCCUCCCAAAACGUCAACUCCCGCGAAGCAUGUCGCAGCCUGGAGCCGGGUUGGUCUGUAACCUGGAGGUGGAUAUGGCGAGUGUGGAGCGAAAACCCAAAAACCACCACUGGUAUAACGUCAAUCCAGCGUACCUAGUAGCAAACUUCGACAUUAAGAUCAACGUCGGAGUGAAUGAUCUUCAAUUCGAGCUGUGGAAUAGUAAUGGGACACGCAUCAGCAGUCAGAAUCGCCAUCCACUCAAAGUGCAAUGGCAACCAGUAGUGGAGAAGAUGUCGGAUGAACCAACAUCUCUACAUGAGCUUGCAGGAUAAAUAGGGGAAGCUUUUUUUU